AUGAUGACGGAUCUUAUGCCAAUAAUUCGGGUUCGCCGCAAACGCUCCGCAGAUCCGCAUGCGGCACUCAUCAUGGAAACGAAGAAACGAAAAGAGGAUCCUCUAUUAUUUUCGCUGUUCAAAACCGACAACUAUAACGAAGGAUUGGAUGGUAUCAAUGAUGGUGUGCGGGUUAUAGAUUUCAAACCGCAUGGGUCAGAAAUAGCCCCAGGUCGCGGUCUUGAAUUCAUUGGUGAGCUUAUCGAACCAGGAGGGAAUGAUGAUCCUAUGGUAAUUCCGAAUUUUUAG